UUCUGCUAGCUGUUUGAAAAGGACAACUCUUCAUUUGGUUUGGAGUUACCAUUUCUCUGUCUUUGUAACACGGUUUAUCACAUUUAUUUAGUCCGGGCAGUCGUGUAUUUUUAACGGCCACAUUUAUUUGCUUGAAGUGGGUUCAGAAAAAAAUUGUUGAAUGGAUCCGAGGGUGGCUUGGAAUCAGCCCGAGCAGAAAGGACCUGCGAACGCUUUAUGGAUGCGAAUCUGGGAGAUUUCUCAGGUACGAGCAACCUCCGGCCAGCUUCAUCAUAAUCUGAACCACAACCUGUGUGUGAAUUAUCCAGCAUUGGACGUUUAUAAAAAUGUUGCGGCAUCGAGCAAUAGCAUUUGCAGCAACACCACCGCUAGCCUGAGCAGCAGCCAUCACUGUAUUUCAAACGGCACUACUAACCACCGCACUGCAUUUUCCUCCUUCGGGUCAACGUUACCCAACGGCAAUGUACAGAACAUAUUGACCCCGUCAAACGCGAACGGUACCAGUGUAACGACAGAUUUGGGAGAUAGUGAAAUGCCCCAAAAGACGGGAUCUAUCUCGUCUUCAGUGGAAUCUGGAACGGAUAGUCCAUCUUCGAACUGCUCUUUGGGAAGGAAUAGCGGUGGAAAUGUAACGGGAAAUAUUAAUAAAAACCCUGGAGGUGCCAAUCUGUUCUUUAGCUUCAGUGAAAGCAUGCAUAAUAAUGUCAACCAAUACCACCAAAGGCAUAAUCAGGAUCACCCGCAGUACAAUUUCCAACAUAAUUGUGUGAAGCGUCACCCGCCUGCACCCUUGAAUAACCACACUCACCAUCCAGGCCGAAGGAAAAGUGACAACAAGGCGAGCACCUAUGGGAUGAAUUACUUGCUUUCUAACUGGACUAAUGGCAACUAUGUUAGUUCGGGGACUGGGACUCCUUGGAAGACGAGGAAAUACAGCCCCGGUGUUGAUGGGUGAGUAUUUUUGAUAGGGCCAUUGCCCCCAGUAGAAUUGUUUGACGCCAACGCACAGAUAGAACAAUGAGCCAGAUAUUUCACCGGAUGUAUAAAUGUGAAACAUCCGGUUGGCGUUUCCACUCACUACCAAAUAUGGGGAUGAGAGGAAGCCCAUUGGCCGGCAGUGGGAGAAGAUUGAGCGAGAUGGAUUUUUGCCGACAUUCUGCAAAAUGUGUCAAUUAAAUAUUUGAUCAGCAAAAUUUCUCAUCGAUUAAAUAUUUGAUCUCCAUGCAGUUUUGUUUCAUAAACUGUCAUAUGUACCUAACAGAGUGGAUUGAGUUUUGUAGACUUUACCCUUUGCCAAAGUUCCAAAAAAUUGCGUUGUUUAGAAGUGCAAGGGCGAAUUGAGUUAUUACACACACGCGUUUCACAGAGUAGGCGUCCCCUAACGGAAAUAUACAAUUAAAUACUGGAACGCGCCAAUGGAAUGUCAAUAGCUCGUGCGUGGCUCUGCCCACCUUGCUUGUUCUGUCCACUGAUUAAUUUGCGACCGUUGGAAACAACAGGCUCUGGUCUAUCUUGAGUUAGUUAUAAUCUUUGGCUAACUUGCUAAUGUUAACCGCGAAAGCUAGCUAUCAUGGUUUCCUAUUCCUACUACUUAGCUAGCUAGAUUGGACUGCGCUCUGCAGUGGCUAGCCAGUUUUUACUUAUUAGCAGUGAGUUAGCUAGCUUGCUAAGCAAGUAGCGGCUAACUAACGCUUUGGUAUGGUUAGUUUGCUAACUGAUUCCUUUGAUAUUAUUGUUGAUUAGACUAGCUAACGUUAGCUAUAUAUUUACCUGUUGGUGACCAUUGCUAUAAAAUCAGAGGCUGCAACAAGAGCCUAACUAACUACUAUAUUAGGAGUAAGAAGGCUAUCAGAUUAGCUGAAAAUACAAAAUCAUGUUAUAAUUUUAAAGCUGUUUAUAUUGCCCAAAACAUGCAUACAAGAGCUCUCAAAUUAUUAUUUCCUUUAGUAUGCACAGAAGCAUCCCAAAGGAUCACGGGUUGCAUGUUUCGUCACAAUAUUGUUUUGAAUGUUAGUUUUGGACUGAUGCCCGAUUGAGCAUUCUACUCAAUGCAUCGUCAAUGAUGAAGAUUUCAUCAAACGUGCAUGACAGUGGCUUGGAAAUACAAGGAGGCAAAUAGUUAGUAGGGAAACCUUCUGUCUUAAUUUUGAUGUCGCCAGAUUGACUUUAGAUGUAGUAAUAACGUUAGCUAGCUAUAAUUGAGGAGAGGCCACCGGAUUUUAGCUAGCUAUUGUUGACGAACUUUGCUACCUGAUGAGAACAUUGAUCGGUCUAAAGUAAAUUUGACGACAUAAUGCAGGCAAAGUUGUUUCCUAAUAAAUAUUUUCCUACUUUAGCAAUGUAAUUUUAUUUCCAGGCACUAUAGUGUAAUCUAGACGCAAUAGUAGUUAGCCUCCAUCCAGAAUGACUGGGUUUAUCACCACAUUAGGGCACCUGGCACUAUGGAACCACCGGUUUAGGGCGGUUUGAGAACGUUCAUAACAAUGGCAUGACGUGAUGGAGGUGCAACCAUGAGUACAGGAAGCACCCAAUGUGUUGCAUUAACUUUUUAAAUUUAUUUUAUUAACUAGGCAAGUCAGUUAAGAACAAAUUCUUAUUUACAAUGAUGUCCUACCAAAAGGCAAACUGCCUCCUGUGGGGACAGGGCUGGGAUAAAAAAUAUAGGACUAAACACACAUCACGACAAGAGAGACACCACAACACUACAUAAAGAGAGAUCUGGGAAUUUUCUGUGCAAGAAUUUGGACCUGGUUGGUCAGGAAAGCAACAUUUGCCCCUUGCUCACAAUGAAGGAGUUGUAAAAAUGAAUUGGACCCGAACAAACACACGACACCCCUUUUCAAUUGUAUAUUUUUGUGUUUUACCAGCUGAAAUGGUUAGGCCUGCUAUAUUCUCCCCAGUCUCCAUGGACAGUUGUAAAACCCAUAGGUUUCAUUUGAAUUGAACUGAGGAGUACAGUGAUUGACCUCUAGUGGGGCCCUUGCACACUGGUGGCAUUGCAAGAGCAUGCAGUGCCCUGAACCAGAGAGGAAGAGAGGGCCAAUUCGGCUGAAAAUCUCUAUACCUCCAGCAUGUGGUGUUUUUCCGUUGUUUCGCCCACCAAGACAGGAGUUUUUGUAUGGAGUAUCUAAUUUGGUCAACAAAAAAUGAAUGGCUUAUUUGCUACGUGAGGUUUAUUUGAUCUAAUGUAAGUUUCGUAAUGCUUAAGUUGUUAUGAGUGUACUGGACACGUGACAUCCCGGCAACUUUGAGAAAAAACUAUUUAUCGGAGUUGCAUAUUUAUGGUAUGAGGAUAAAAGCAUAGCAUCUCUCCAUUUGAAAUACAGACGGUUGAUGUCAAAACCCCUCAUAGAAUAUUCAAAAAUGGAUUACAAUAAUGAGAUGUAUCCACCAAUCCAAAGAAAGCAUAGGAAGGAGCUGGACAGCCCGCCAUGCCGCUUUGUGGACAACGACUCCCAUUGCUAGAUCGGAGAGACUUGUAUCUUGUCAGUAUAUCCAUAAUCUUUGCCUGAACUGAAGGCUUUUCAGUUUUGAGCAGAACAUUGAACAUUUUUAAUGGGCCAUCAUUGUUUCAUGGGUGCAAAUGUAGGCUAAUGUACAGAUUGUAAUACCUGGUUGUGCUAAAAUUCAGUCUAUGGCUGCACGCGAUCGUUAUGGUGUGAAAAAUGUCAAUUAACAUCAGUGUAUACAAUUUUAGUAUAGGUAUGUGAUCUGUACAGAAAUUGAACCCACAACCAUGCCAUUGCUAAUGCCAUGCUCUUACAGGACCAUGUGUCGUGCUUUUAUUGAAUGAAGAACAACAUUUGAGUAAUGUUCCAAAACCAUGGGACAGAACCCUAAUCAAUUAUAAGAACUAUUCUCUUCUCUAUUCAAGUAUAUUAUAUUCUAGUAUAUUCUAUUCUAUCUGUUCUCUAUUCUAGCAUAUUCUAUUCUCUCCUAGUAUAUUCUAUUCUCCACUGAACAAAAAUAUAAACGCAACAUGCAACAAUUUCAAAGAUUUUACUGAGUUACAGUUCAUAUAAGGAAAUCAGUCAAUUGAAAUAAAUAAAUUAGGCCCUAAUCAAAUUUAUUGGUCACAUAAACAUAUUUAGAAGAUGUUAUUGCGGGUGUAGCGAAACGCUAAUUAAUCUAUGGAUUUCACAUGACUGGGAAUACAGAUAUACUCUGUUGGUCACAGAUGCCUAAAAAAAAAAAAAGUGGGGCACGUGGAUCAGAAAACCAGUCAGUAUCUGGUGUAACCACCAUUUGCCUCAUGCAGCGCAACACAUCUGCUUCACAAAGAGAUGAUCAGGCUGUUGAUUGUGGCCUGUGGAAUGUUGUCCCACUCGUCUUCAAUUGCUGUGCGAAGUUACUGGAUAUUGGCAGGAACUGGAAUACGCGGUCGUACGCGUCAAUCCAGAGCAUCCCAAACACUUCUUGUGAGUAUGCAGGCCAUGAAAGAACUGGGACAUUUUCAGCUUCCAGGAAUUGUGUACAGAUGCUUGCAACAUGAUUAUCAUGCUGAAACAAUAAAGGUCAUGGCGGCGGAUGAAUUGCACGACAAUGGGCUUCAGGAUCUCAUCACGGUAUCUCUCUGCAUUCAAAUUGCCAUCGAUAAAAUGCAAUUGUGUUUGUUGUCCGUAUUUUAAUGCCUGCCCAUACCAUAACCUCACCGCUACCAUUGGGCACUCUGUUCACAACUUGACAUCAGCAAAACGCUCGCCCACACUUCGCCAUCCACGUGGUCUGCGGUUGUGAGGCCGGUUGGACGUAAUGCCAAAUUAUCUGAAAACGACGUUGCAGGGGCAGCUUAUGGUAGAGAAAUUAACAUUCAAUUCUCUGGCAACAGCUCUGGUGGACAUUCCUGUGGUCAGCAUGCCAAUUGCACACUCCCUCAACUUGAGACAUCUGUGGAAUUGUGUUGUGUGACAAAACUGCACAUUUUAGAGUGACCUUUUUAUUGUCCCCAGCACAAGGUGCACCUGUGUAAUGAUGAUGCUGUUUAAUCAGCUUCAUGAUAUGCCACACCUGUCAGGUGGAUGGAUUAUCUCGCCACCAUGGGGCACUCUGUUCACAAUGUUGACAUCAGCAAACUGCUCGGCCCACACAACACUGUACAUGCUAUCUGCCCGCUACAGUUGAAACCGGGAUUCGUCUGUGAAGAGCACAGUUCUCCAGCGUGCCAGUGGCCAUCAAAAGGGAGCAUUUGCCCACUGAAGUCGGUAACGUCAGGUCAAGACCUUGGUGAGGACGAUAAAUAAUAAUAAAUAAUAUGCCAUUUAGCAGACGCUUUUAUCCAAAGCGACUUACAGUCAUGAGCACGCUGAUGAGCUUCCCUGAGAUGGUUUCUGACAGUUUGUGCAGAAAUUCUUCGGUUGUGCAAUCCCACACUUUCUUCAGCUGACCGGGUAGCUGGUCUCCGAUGAUCCCGCAGGUGAAUAAGCCAGAUGUGGAGGUCCUGGGCUGGCUGGCGUGGUUACACGCGGUCUGCGGUUGUGAGGCCGGUUGGGCGUACUGCCAAAUUCUCUAAAACGAUGUUAGAGAUGGCUUAUGGUAGAGAAAUGAACAUUACAUUCUCUGGAAAUAGUUGGUGGACAUUCCUGCAGUCUGCAUGCCAUUUGCACGCUCCCUCAAAACUGGAGACAUCUGUGGCAUUGUGAUAUGUGACAAAACUGCACAUUUUAGUGGCCUUUUAUCGUCCCCAGCACAAGGUGCACCUGUGUAAUGAUCAUGCUGUUUAUUCAGCUUCUUGAUAUGCCACACCUGUCAGGUGGAUGAUUAUCUUGGCAAAGGAGAAAUGCUCACUAACAGGGAUGUAAACAAAUUUGUGCACAACAUUUUAGAGAAAUAAGCUUUUUGUGUAUAUGCAACAUUUCUGGGAGCUUUUUAUUUCAGUUCAUGGAACAUGGGACCAACACUUUACAUGUUGCGUUUAUAUUUUUGUUCAGUGUAGUAUAUUCUAUUCUCUACUGUAAUAUAUUCUCUUCUCUAUUCUAGUAUAUUCUCUAUUCUAGUAGAUUCUAUACUCUAUAUUCUCUCCAGGGUCCUAGUAAGUGAUAGUGACGGUCUCUCUGCGCAGUGUUUCAUUCUGAAAUCAUAGCAUAGCGUUUAGGCCUAUUCCUAGUGAAUAAAUAAUUUUGCUGACCAGUACUACUGUUGUUCGUCUCCCAGGGGAUGUGGAUGACUUAUGGUGGUAUAUAUAACAUUUUUCCUAGAUGGCUUCUACACUAAUACCACACAUAUAGUUCUAUGGGAUGUCUGGGAUGUUGAUGUUGUAAGGGAUGUUGAGCUUAUUUGAAAGCCUGUAUCAAGUGACUUUGGGUUCUAGAAAAGCCCUAUAGAAGUCCCAUUUUUUUAUUUAUUAAUAAUAAUAAUAAUAAUAUCAACAUAGGACUUGUAUAAAAAAAUCUCUGCUUCCAUGAUGGUCUUACAUUUUCCCCAAAAAGACCUAGCUACAUGGUGACAUGAUGACCUUUGAAUUCAUGAAACAGAAAAUGUAAAUCAACCUAUUAUUUGACUGGUUUAGUAUCGGUUGAGCAACUGUGUGCAUGUUUAAACCCUCUCCUCUCCCUGUUCUCCUCUCCCUCCCCAGUCUCCAUGAGGAGGUGGUGGACUUCUACAACUUCAUGUCUCCCAGACUGGAGGAGGCUGCUAUGAGGAAGGAGGUGGUCAACAGGAUCGAGACGGUCAUCAAGGAGCUGUGGCCUACUGCCGACGUGAGGACACACACACACAGACCAGAGCUGGGCAUUGAACCAGCACAUCAGACAUUUUAGCCAUUUGUCUACAAAUAUUUGUACAAUAUAGGUUUUUUCUCUCUCUCCAGGUGCAGAUAUUUGGCAGCUUCAGCACUGGACUCUACCUACCCACAAGGUAAGAGAGCAGCCUUGUUGUGUAAUGUGUUGAGUCUUGUUCUCAGAAUGUGCUCCAGGUGCUUGGCCACCAGUUGGCCUAACACCAUCUUUCUCUGUUGCCAUAGUGACAUAGACCUGGUGGUGUUUGGGAAGUGGGAACGCCCGCCAUUGCAGCAGUUGGAACAGGCCCUCCGGAAACACAACGUGGCAGAACCUUUCUCCAUCAAAGUGCUGGACAAAGCUACGGUGAGUUGGUGCUGUGUUUUUUAAGUAUGCUCACACGAUCUGUUGGGAUAGCUCCAAUGCUGUCCGAACUAAUAACCUCUUAAACUCUGAGUGGUUGUUUUGGGCCGUGUACCCACUCAGUCAAUUUCGUUCAGAAAAUAAAAAGUGACUUAUCAUUCGAAAGCUACAGCACUUGUCGUUUUGGAAAUCGAUCUCAAAUCUCACUGCUGACAAUGUCAUAUGAAUGCCCCCGCUACUGCCCACCCUACAGGCCAUAAGUCAUGUGCUAUGGUCAUAUUCAUAGUGUGUAAUUUAGGUGAAGUCACAAAAAGUGCAAAAAUGUUGUAUGCCUGGAAAGGGUACACCCUGGUGGUCCUCAUAAUGCAUUUCUUUACCAUCCACAUUACCUUGACUGUAUCCUCCAUAUUCGCCGUUGAUCAAUAUCACUCGUUUCCAAUGGGAAAAUAAGUUUGAAGUUUCCUCGCCUGUCUGAUAACUAGAAAGUCCCGAUCACUAGAGUCAUUUUAAGAUGUCAGGCUUGAAAAUCCGUUAAGGCAUUUUCGCACAGUGAGGUACUACCCAAACCAGACGCAUCUGGUUUUCGCGUUCUCAAGUCACAUCAUGUGAUCUUCUAGUGGACGAACUGGAAAUCAGACAUGAGAUCUGAUCAGUGAAAAGGUUACGACUUCAGCUUUAUGUACAGUACCAGUCAAAAGUUUGGACACACCUACUCAUUCAAGGGUUUGUCUAUAUUUGUACUAUUUUCUACAUUGUAGAAUAAUAGUGAAGCCAUCAAAACAAUAAAAUAACACAUAUGGAAUCAUGUACUAACCAAAAAAGUGCUAAACAAAUCAAAAUAUAUUUGAGAUUCAUCAAAUAGCCACCCUUUGCCUUGAUGACAGCUUUGCACACUCUUGGCAUUCUCUCAACCAGCUUCACCUGGAAUGCUUUUCCAACAGUCUUGAAGGAGUUCCCACGUAUGCUGAGCACUUGUUGGCUGCUUUUCCUUCACUCUGCGGUCCAACUCAUCCCAAACCAACUCAUUUGGGUUGAGGUUGGGUGAUUGUGGAGACCAGGUCAUCUGAUGCAGCACUCCAUCACUCUCCUUCUUGGUCAAAUAGCCCUUCAACAGCCUGGAGGUGUGUUGGGUCAUUGUCCUGUUGAAAAACAAAUGAUAGUCCCACUAAGCGCAAACCAGGUGGUGCAGAAUGCUGUGGUAGCCAUGCUGGUUAAGUGUGCCUUGAAUUCUAAAUAAAUCACAGACAGUCACCAGCAAAGCACCCCCACACCAUCACACCUCCUCCUCCAUGUUUCACGAUGGGAAUCACACAUGCGGAGAUCAUCCGUUCACCUAUUCUGCGUCUCACAAAGACACAGCGGUUAGAACCAAAAACCUUACUUUUGGACUCAUCAGACCAAAGGACAGAUUUCCACCGGUCUAAUGUCCAUUGCUCGUGUUUCAUGGCCCAAGCAAGUCUCUUCUUCUUAUUGGUGUCCUUUAGUAGUGGUUUCUUUGCAGCAAUUCGACCAUGAAGGCCUGAUUCACACAGUCUCCUCUGAACAGUUGAUGUUAAGAUGUCUGUUUACUUGAACUCUGAAGCAUUUAUUUGGGCUGCAAUUUCUGAGGCUGGUAACUCUAAUGAACUUAUCCUCUGCAGCAGAGGUAACUCUAGGUCUUCCAUUCCUGUCGUGGUCCUCAUGAGAGCCAGUUUCAUCAUAGUGCUUGAUGGUUUUUGCAACUGCACUUGAAGAAACGUUCAAAUUUCUUGAAGUGUUCCAUAUUGACUGACCUUCAUGUCUUAAAGUAAUGAUGGACUGUUGUUUCUCUUUGCUUAUUUGAGCUGUUCUUGCCAUAAUAUGAUCUUGUUCUUUUACCUAAUAGGGCUAUCUUCUGUAUACCACCCCUACCUUGUCACAACACAACUGAUUGGCUCAAACGCAUUAAGAAGGAAAGAAAUUCCACAAAUUCACUUUUAAGAAAGCACACCUGUAAUUUAAAUGCAUUCCAGGUGACUACCUCAUGAAGCUGGUUGAGAGAAUGCCAAGUGUGCAAAGCUGUCAUCAAGGCAAAGGGUGGCUACUUUGAAGAAUAACACAUAUUUUGAUUUGUUUAACACUUUUUUGGUUACUACAUGAUUCCAUGUGUGUUAUUUCAUAGUUUUGAUAUCUUCACUAUUAUGAAUGUGAACAAAACGGUAGUAUCAAGUAGGCCUAGUAAACAAAAUAUCAGAUCGAUAAAGGCAUGACACAAUCUAUAUUUAGGCUAGUUACAUUAACAGUAAACAAACGCAGUAAAUAAAAGGCGAAUGGGGAUCCAAAUAACCAAAACAUCCUACUACAGUUAGAUGCAGCCAUGCACAGCUGUCUUGCCAAAUAAAUAGGCCUAUAGGCCCACAUCACCUUUUUCACAUCUAGAAAGGCAUGGCUCUCCAGGUCAAGGGCACACAGGGCCUCCACCAGUUGGCUGUUGUGUUCGCUGAAUCGUUCUGACAUUUCACCAAUAACAGCAUCCAAGAACAGUCUUUUACACUCAGUCUGUUCUCCUCUGUACUGCUAAUAACACUAGCACUUUUUACAGCUAGCUAAGAAACUAACUCAACUCUGUAGUGGUGGGGCGUGAAGCAGAGUUGUGUAAAGCAGCUUCAACGGUAAACUUGACCCCGCCCUUAUAAAUUAAAUAUUACAGGCAGAGGCGUGUCGUGUUAUUCACUUAGCCUACCACCAAAGGAGUCUUACCGAACCGCCCCAGGUGCUUUCCAUAUCCCCCUUCACACACUGCGGCGCACUCUGUCCAUUGGACUGACGCAGUGCAGCAGAAAUACAGAUUUUGCGGCAACCUGUCACUCAAUCAUCAUUUAAACAUUUUAGCAAUUUUUAUAUAGGGACAUUAAACUAAAGCUGAGGGGGCACAAGUUUGAACUGAAGGGGGCUAAGCCCUUUUUGCCCCCUUGUGGAGCCGGCUCUGUAAUAGUCACGUUGUUGCUGUACACCUGUAUCAGAAUCCCACGGCACUUACCCUUCUAACAGUACUAAGCAUGUGUUUGUAGGACUUACAUUUUGAUUUCAAAACUAUAUCUAAUUAGGGUAGGUUACAAUGUGUGUCGCUUAGAAAAUGACACCAAAGGGCAUCAGAAUUUAACAGGAUAAACAAGUAGAUGAGACUUAGUUUAAUGUUCGACAAGUGUGUACUAAGGAUUAGAUCUGAGAAUUGAGCGGAGACAAAAGUGAAAUGGAUGUGAAAUAAACGUUUUAUUUAUUUUAUGAAAAGUUAAUGUUUCUCUAUUCUCUCUCCCAGGUGCCAAUCAUCAAGCUGACUGACCAGGAGACGGACGUCAAAGUGGACAUCAGCUUCAACGUGGAGACAGGAGUCAAAGCUGCUCUCUUCAUCAAGGACUACACCAAGGUGAGAACACUAGCAUUUGUAGUUUUUAUUUGAACUUUAUUUUCCCAAGUUGUCGCAUUAGGUCAAAAUACUAUUUUUUAAAUGGGAGACCUGAAUGGCUAGAAGGAUCAGUGCAACAAUUGUUCCCAGGUGCAGGGUACGCAAACUGCCUUAUAAAAGGAAUCGAAAUAGGCUUAUCCCACUGUCGCUCCCAUAUUGGACUUUCUUUUGUGUUAAACUUCAGGCUACUGAAAUACUGAACUACUGUCAAUGUGGAAUGCAUUUACUAUCACUGUAGCAACAGAAGCACUACCUCUUCACAACUACAGUCCACACCAUACAGUGUCUUUAAAAAGUAUUCAUACCCCUUGACUUAUUCCACAUUUUGCUGUGUUACAGCCUAAAUCUAAAAUGUAUUAAAUUGACAAUACCCCAAAAAAAACGGUGAAAACAUGUUUAGACAUUUUUGCAAAUUUAUUGAAAAUGAAAUACAGAUACACUACCGUUCAAAAGUUUGGGGUCACAUCAUGUCCUUGUUUUCGAAAGAAAAGCAAUUUUUUUGGCCAUUAAAAUAACAUCAAAUUGAUCAGAAAUACAGUGUAGACAUUGUUAAUGUUGUAAAUGGCUAUUGUAGCUGGAAACGGCUGAGAAUUUUAAUUUUAAUUUUAUAUCUACACAGGCGUACAGAGGCCCAUUAUCAGCAACCAUCAGUCCUGUGUUCCAAUGGCACGUUGUGUUUUCUAAUCCAAGUUUAUCAUUUAAAAAGGCUAAUUGAUCAUUAGGAAACCCUUUUGCAAUUAUGUUAACACAGCUGAAAACUGUUGUGCUGAUUCUAAAGAAGCAAUAAAACGGGCCUUCUUGAGACUAGUUGAGUAUCUGGAGCAUCUCCAAUUGUGGGUUCGAUUACAGGCUCAAAAUGGCCAGAAACAAACAACUUUCUUCUGAAACUCGUCAGUCUGUUCUUGUUCCUAGAAAUGAAGGCUAUUCCAUGCGAGAAAUUGCCAAGAAACUGAAGAUCUCGUACGCUGUGUACUACUCCCUUCACAGAACAGCGUAAACUCGCUCUAACCAGAAUAGAAAGAGGAGUGGGUGGCCCCGGUGCACAACUGAGCAAGAGGACAAAUACAUUAGUGUCUAGUUUGAGAAACAGACGCCUCAAAUGUCCUCAACUGGCAGCUUCAUUAAAUAGUACCCGCAAAACACAAGUCUCAACGUCAACAUUGAAGAUGCGACUCAAGGAUGCUGACCUUCUAGGCAGAGUUGCAAAGAAAAAGCCAUAUCUCAGACUAGCCAAUAAAAAUAAAAUAUUAAGAUGGGCAGUCUGAGAAAUUGCUUUUUCUUUGCAACUCUGCCUAGAAGGUCAGCAUCCCGGAGUCGCCUCUUCACUGUGUUUUAGGUUAUUGUUCUGCUGAAAGGUGAAUUAAUCUCCCAGUGUCUGGUGGAAAGCAGACUGAAACAGGUUUUCCUCUAGGAUUUGCUUAGCACCAUUUUGUUUAUUUUUUAUAAUAAACUCUCUAAUCCUUGGAAAUGAGAAACAUACUCAUAACAUGAUGCAGCCACCACCAUGCUUCAAAAUAUGAAGAGUGGUACUCAGUGAUGUGAUGUGUUGGAUUUGCCCCAAACAUAACGCUUGUAUUCAGGACAUAAAGGACAUUUCUUAGCCACAUUUUUUGCAGUUUUACUUUAGUGCCUUAUUGCAAACAGGAUGCAUGUUUUGGAAUAUUUGUUAUUCUGUACAGGCUUCCUUUUCACUCUGUCAAUUAGGGUUAGUAUUGUGGAGUAACUACAAUGUUGUUAAUCCAUCCUCAACUAUCUCCUAUCACAGACAUUAAACUCUAACUGUUUUAAAGUCACCAUUGGCCUCAUGGUGAAAUCCCUAAGCGGUUUCCUUCCUCUCCGGCAACUGAGUUAGGAAGGACGCCUGUAUCUUUGUAGUGACUGGGUGUAUUGAUACACCAUCCAAAGUGUGAUUAAUAAUUUCACCAUGCUCAAAGGGAUAUUCAAUGUCUGCUUUUUUAUUUUUACCCAUCUGCUAAUAGGUGCCCUUCUUUGCGAGGCAUUGGAAAACCUCCCUCGUCUUUGUGGUUGAAUCUGUGUUUGAAAUUCAAUGCUCUACUGAGGGAGCUUAGAUAAUUGUAUGUGUGGGGUACAGAGAUGAGGUAGUCAUUCAAAAAUCAUGUGCAACACUAUUAUUGGACUCGAAGUGAGUCCAUGCACCCUAUUGUGACUUAAGCACAUUUUUACUCCUGAACUUAUUUAGGCUUGCCAUAACAAAGGGCUUGAAUACUUAUUGACUUAACACAUUUCAGCUUUUCAUUUUGAAUAUUAUUAUUUUAAUCUAUAAAAAAAAAGAUUUCCACUUUGACAUUAUGGGGUGGUGUGUAGGCCAGUGACACAAAAUCUAAAUUUCAUCAUUUAAUUUCAGGCAGUAAAACAACAAAAUAUGGAAUAAGUCAAGGGGUGUGAAUUCUUUCUGAGGGUACUGUAUAUAUUUUAAAUUUGACUCUAUACUCCAGCAUUUUGGAUUUGAGAUGGAAUGUUUCAUAUUGGGUGAGAAUAGAGAAUGUACACCUGCUCAUUGGGUCAGAGUGGUCUCAUGUGCUGUAAUGUAGGCUUUCUACAGGCCAGGGUUUUCCCACUCAAAUGAACCUUGCUUUUACUUCUCUAGCCAAUCCUAUUAGAUCUGCAGUAGUUCCUAUGCCCUAGGGGUUAGAUGGAGAUUUGGUGAUAGGCCUAUAAUAUGCUGUCCGUAAAGGAAUGUCUCUGACGUCCUGAAUUCAACGACAUAACCCAACAUGCUUCUGUAAUAGUCACCAGAAGCAUAACUUAUGAUUCUUUGUCCCAUUGACAACUGUAGUCCCAAAAUCAGCAUAUGAUAGAAAAUGAGAACCUGUGAAAAUGAGGCGAAUUGUAUUUCAAGUAGUGAUCCUCAUACUAAGUUACAUAUUUUCAUUAAAUGGAAACUUUUUCCUCAUCUAAUUUUGAAUAAUUUCAAUUUUUAACCAGUGCUUUGCUCCUCAGACUGUGUAAAUUGAGCAGGGAUUCGUUUCUCUCUGUACCAUUUUUUAAAUAUCUCUCCCCCCCCCCCCCCCCCAGAGGUAUCCCGUGCUGCCUUACCUGAUCUUUGUGCUGAAGCAGUUUCUGCUCCAGAGAGAUCUCAACGAGGUGUUCACUGGAGGAAUCAGCUCCUACAGCCUCGUCCUGAUGGUCAUCAGCUUCCUCCAGGUACGCGCACACACACUUUGUAAUCUAGUAUGACAGUGUACAGUUAUGGCACUUGUGUUGUCCUAACAUGUCUGCCUAUUCUCUAUCCAUCCAUUCAGCUCCACCCAAGGAUUGAUGCCAGUAGCCCCAACAUCAACCUUGGCAUCCUGCUGAUUGAGUUCUUUGAGCUGUACGGCCGCCAUUUUAACUACCUGAAGACUGGCAUCCGCGUCAAGAACGGAGGGGCCUACAUGGUCAAGGAGGACAUGACGAAGGUUAUGACCAAUGGCUACAGACCCUCCAUGCUCUGUAUAGAGGACCCACUGAUGCCAGGUGUGUAUGUGCGUACAUCUGGCGGUGUGCGGGACUGGGUGUUUGAGCAACUGUGUGUGUUUUCCAUUGGUAAUGGUGUUGGCCAUAGUUUGUAUGGGCCGAUUCAGGUGUUCUAACCGUGUGUGUUCCAGGUAACGAUGUUGGCAGGAGUUCGUACGGAGCCAUGCAAGUCAAGCAGGUGUUUGACUACGCUUACAUCGUCCUUGGUCACGCCGUGUCACCGCUAGCACGCUCCUACCCCAACAAGGACAUUGACAGGUUGGUUCCCCCCAUUUUUCAGAAAGUCUUCUGUAUCCAUCCGGCCUAGAAAUGUUUGUACAUGAAUAAGUACAAAAGUUAUCAAAGUAAAGAUGGUCAAAUAAAUAUGGUGGUUGUGAUGGAAAGUGAAACUAAUCCACUGCUGUGCAACAUUUAAAUCCUUCCCGUUCCUGUUCCUCACUAUCCCUGCAGCACUUUGGGGAGGAUAAUCAAGGUGACCCAGAAAGUGAUUGACUACAGGGAGUGGAUCAUGACUAAGUGGGGGGGAAGGCACCUCGCCCGCAUGGAGAGCCGGGGUAAGAGCAGUGUGUGUACGAAAUAACCUGUGCGUAACCUCUGCGUAAAAUAUGUCUUGACUGUCUUGUAUGGCCGGUUCUGUAUGUGUGUAUAUUGACCUGUGUGUGAAAGGGUAAUCUUUGUUGUCUUGUAUGGCAGUUUGGGAAGUGUGUGUUGCUGUGUAUAAUAACCUGUGUUUCUCUGUAGGUUCCGUCCUGGAUCAGGACCCAGCAGGGUGUGUGUUGGGUGUAGGCGUGGAGGAACAGAGGGACUCAGUCUCCCCUCACAGUGCAGACUCUCCCAUGUCCCUGUCCAGUCCUCACCAACACUCCUCAGCCUCCUCGGUCUCCUCGCUGUCCGGGUCAGACAACGUAAGGGCACAGACACACACACUGCAGUCUUUAUGAUUAACUCUAUAAAUGCAAUUGUAUGAAUGAAUUGACAGCUGGUCAUGUUUUAACACCUCCUCUCUGCUGUGUGUUCCAGGACUCUGAUUCGACGCCGUGCCCUGGCCCUCCUCCGGCGCUGCCCCCCUACACCCUCCAGGCUCUGGGUAUGACUCUACCCCUGGGCCUGGCAAUGGGCAAGCCUAGCAUCAACCAGCAGCACCUCAUCAUGUCCCCUGGCUCACAGGUACAUAACCUAGCAUCUACUGACAACACAAAGGUCAGAGAUGGGAGAGUUUAGCGUGAUUUUCUGGAAGUGGGAGAUUAGAAGUCGAUGCAUGAAGUACAAAUGAUAUCUGGCCAGUUUGUGCAACAACUAAGAGCGUUGAAGCACGAGGCUAAACUUCUCUGCUGUUUUGGUCCCGUAGCUACCACGUUGUAGCAGGGUGAAGCGCAUCCGUUCACAUCCACAAAGUCUUGCUUCUUAAUAUCUGCGGUGCUGCUUGUGCCAGCAUCAUACCGCUGAGUCUACCAUUUACAUAAACCCCCCCCAAAAGAACAGCAUUCCUGAAUUUCCAGCACCAUCUUAUCAUUAAGAUUUGUCGAUAGAGAUAUACAGUGGUGUGAAAGUGUUUGCCCCCUUCCUGAUUUCUUAUUUGUUUGCAUGUUUGUCACACUUAAAUGUUUCAAUCAAACACAUUUAAAUAUUAGUCAAAGAUGACACAAGUAAACACAAAAUGCAGUUUUGAAAUGAACGUUGUUAUUAUUAAGGGAAAACAAAAUCCAAACCCACAUGGCCCUGUGUGAAAAAGUGAUUGCCCCCUACAACCUGAUAACUGGUUGGGCCACCCUUAGCAGCAACAACUGCAAUCAAGCGUUUGCGAUAACUUCCAAUGAGUCUUUUACAGCGCUGUGGAGGAAUUUUGGCCCACUCAUCUUUGCAGAAUUGUUGUAAUUCAGCCACAUUGGAGGGUUUGAGCAUGAACUGCCUUUUUAAGGUCAUGCCACAGCAUCUCAAUAGGAUUCAGGACUUUGACUAGGCCACUCCAAAGUCUUCAUUUUGUUUUUCUUCAGCCAUUCAGAGGUGGACUUGCUGGUGUGUUUUGGAUCAUUGUCCUGCUGCAGAACCCAAGUUCGCUUCAGCUUGAGGUCACGAACAGAUGGCCGGACAUUCUCCUUCAGGAUUUUUUGGUAGACAGCAGAAUUCAUGGUUCCAUUUAUCACAGAAAGUCUUCCAGGUCCUGAAGCAGCAAUACAGGCCCAGACCAUCACACUACCACCACUACUUUUACGCCAGAUGUAAUGGAACACACACCUUCCAAAAAGUUCAACUUUUGUCUCGUCAGUCCACAGAGUAUUUUCCCAAAGGUCUUGGGGAUCAUCAAGAUGUUUUCUGGCAAAAAUGAGACGAGCCUUAAUGUUCUUUUUGCUCAGCAGUGGUUUUCGUCUUGGAACUCUGCCAUGCAGGCCAUUUUUGCCCAGUCUCUUUCUUAUGGUGGAGUCAUGAACACUGACCUUAACUGAGGCAAGUGAGGCCUGCAGCUCUUUGGAUGUUGUUGUGGGGUCUUUUUGUGACCUCUUGGAUGAGUCGUCGCUGCGCUCUUGGGGUAAUUUUGGUCGGACGGCCACUCCUGGGAAGGUUCACCACUGUUCCAUGUUUUCAACCAUUUGUGGAUAAUGGCUCUCACUGUGGUUCGCUGGAGUCCCAAAGCUUUAGAAAUGGCUUUAUAACCUUUUCCAGACUGAUGGAUCUCAAUUACUUUCUUUCUCAUUUGUUCCUGAAUUUCUUUGGAUCUCGGCAUGAUGUCUAGCUUUUGAGGAUCUUUUGGUCUAUUUCACUUUGUCAGGCAGGUCCUAUUUAAGUGAUUCCUUGAUUGAGAACAGGUGUGGCAGUAAUCAGGCCUGGGUGUGGCUAGAGGAAUUGAACUCAGGUGUGAUAAACCACAGUUGAGUUAUGUUAUAACAGGGGGCAAACACUUUUUCACACAGGGCCAUGUAGGUUUGGAUUUUGUUUUCCCUUAAUAAUAACAACCUUCAUUUCAAAACUGCAUUUUGUGUUUACUUGUGUUAUCUUUGACUAAUAUAAAAAUGUGUUUGAUCUGAAACAUUUAAGUGUGACAAACAUGCAAACAAAUAACAAAUCAGGAAGGGGGCAAACAAUUUUUCACACCACUGUAUAUAUUUUCUAUGAAAUAUAGUCUAUCCCUUCUGUUUUUAUUACUCACAUCCCAGUAACAGGGAUUGUGAAAUGGUGAUCUAACACAGUUUGUGAUUGGACGUCUGAUAGCUCAAAAUGUCUCUCCCCCCUUCUUUCCAGGCGUGUUUGUCUUUGCCCAGUGGCCUGACGAUGCACUCGUUACCUGGCAGACAGGUGGGUAUAGACGGGCAUCCCCUCGCCCCCUUCUUCCACAUGACCCCCCCUACCCACCACCCUGCCCCCUCCAACCCCCAGCCUCUGUCCAGCCCCCACCCCGCCAGCCACACACACCAGGUAGGUGCUGGCCGCAAACACGGCUGCACACUAGACAGGGACAACCUCUCUUCUCUGUCUUUCUCGCUCCUUUAAGACUCUCCUUACCUCUCACUUUCUCCUUUCUGCUCUCUGUUUUGUUUUCCAACUCAUCUUGCUUUCUCUCCUCCGUCUCGUUCUCUCCUCCUGUUCUUUCUCUGUUCUCUCAAUCUGUCCCUCUUGGUUUCAUGAUUACAUUGUUGUAUUGUAUAUCUGCAUGAUUGAACUGAGUAUAGGAUUCCUUUUUGUAGAGCACUUUGCUUUUAGUGUGUGUGUUGAUUCAGGUUUCAAACACUCAAUGCUUUGAAUUCUAACGCUUCAUCCCUUCUUUCUUGCUCUCUCUCUCCAGAAUGGUCCUAAGUUUCACAUGAAAGGCUCCCACAAUCCAGCUGUGAUCCAUAGUCCCGCCUUGGCCAACCACGCCCACCCUCUCUCACACACGCACUCACACACGCAGUACCGCCAUACCUGGCGCCGCCGGAAGAGGGACAGCCUACCAGUCAGCCUGAGCAGAUAA